AUGUAUAUGUCGAAGGGGAUGCAUGAACGGAGGUUCCUCCGUCUGAACCCUGAACAGAGUCUCGAUGUGAAACAAGCCGGGCUCAAAGGAGGCAUUGCUCCAAGUAGCCAGCCGCUCAAUCUUAUCAACAUUCCGUACCUCAGUAAACAGCCUACCCUGGCGUUGAAGCCUACAACCAUUACGGGGUCCUACACAGAUCACCGAAGGUGGAUGGAGACGUAUCACGGCCACGUCCGCACGCCGGCGGACGCUAUCAUCCUCUUCGAAGCAUGUCGCAUUGGCCUCCUGCCCCGCGUACAGAGACGAUUAUCCGAGAAAGAACGCCAAUUAAUACGCUCCGGAUCGGUCUUCGUGUGGGAUGAGCGGGAAGCGGGGAUGCGCAGAUGGACGGAUGGGAAGUCUUGGAGCGCCAGUCGCGUGUCAGGCAGCUUUUUGACAUAUCGUGAAAUGGAGGGCAAGCGAGGAGGAACGGGCGUGGCGCAAUCCACCAUGUCGAGAGCGGGCAAGACCCCCGAGAGCCGAGGCAGCGACGAUGACCGCGGCGACGGCCCAGAUGAGGGUCCGGAUGGCUACAGAUACAAGCCUGACGGUCUGAUGAAGCAGUCUUUCAGCAUAACCACCUCUACUGGGCAACAUCUUCAUCUCAUCAGCUACUACUCUAGGUCACAUCCCUCCGCCGCCAACCUUCAACAGCCAUCGACCGAUCCCGCUCUGCGUCAUGUUCGCCCGCAGAAAGGUCUGUACCCAGAAUCUACUGUCAAUGAUCAACAAAAUCUGCCAGUAGUGACACGCGGGCCAAUGGCUGGAGCUACCUACUCGGUACCACCUCAUCCAAUGGGUGCAUAUGCCCGCUCGGGAGCCACGCAUCCUCAAUCAUACACUCCGUCGUACGCUUGGCCGCCAACCCCAUUAGCCACCCCGCCAACCGUCCCAGUCCAUUAUCCCUCGUAUCUCCCUCCGGUAUCGGGAUCGAAUGGCCACGUGCCAUAUGCUCACCAUCAACCACACGCCCUGCCUCCCCCACCGCCUCCGCAACCGUUGGCCACGCCUUACGAGCGACCGGUGCAUCCAAUUGAGGCAUUAGCCCCGACAAUACAAGCCCCGAGCGUGCAGCAUCCGUCGUUACCGGUCAUUGCAAAUGGCCGGUCACCGCGGCUAGUUGCAGAUCCCCACGAGAUUCAUCAGCGCAGUCCCCAAGAAUACGGACCAGCAGACCUUCGAAGGGCAUCACCACGCACACAACCCCCAUCUGUUCCUCCCGCUGCCGGGUUGGUUGCGCGAAGCCCACGCUUGUUGAACCAAGUUCCUUCAAGCGCGGCACACAUCUCUCCCCCGACCACUACCAUCAAACCGCCCGAGCCCAGCAGCUCUGGCACAACCGUGCCCAGCAUUGGAGCUCUGAUGAACGGCACUCCAGCUAGUGGCUCCUUGCCGUCGAUCACCGCACCGUCCUCGGGACGAGCCGAAGGACCGCGCGAUAUCCCCAGCGACAAGAUUGGGUUCGGAGGAGAGGACAUGCGGGCCCUCCGACAAUUAGACCGGGUGUUCACUGCGUGA